AAUACUGAUUUAAUUCACUUCGUAUUCGAACCUACACCCCCCUCCCCCAACAUGCCACUACAUACUCUCAACCCUGACACAACAGCCGGUCCCGAAAUCCAACGGCUGGCCUGGAAAAGGGUACAAGUCAAUCCCAGGGCAGUGCUUGGAAGGGCGACUGAGGAGAUUUAAUUGGUGAGCGGGGAGAAGAGUGAAAGCGGGGACUAUAUCCAAAGGGCGGAGUGUUACACGCUCUCUCUCCUCCUCCUCUCCCCCCUCCCCCUUCUCUCUCUCUCUCUCUCGGUCUCUCUCUCUCUCUCUCAUUCCCACUCGGGGCCAUUGCGCUUUUUUUCCCUGGGAAGCCAUCAUGGAAGUUUGAGAGUCCGGCGGUGGCCCCAGCAGCAGCCUUGGUGGGGGAGGGGGGGGGAAGAAGCUGGAGUCGGUGCUGUGGCCGGGACGGGAGCUGGAGCCGUGGCCAGGGCCGGGGCCAGAGCGAUCGGCCGAGAAAGAAAAAGGAAGGAAAGAAAGAGGAAAAAAAGAAAGAAGAGCAAGUGUGCGUGUGCUGGAGGGGAAGCUCGGCUUCCUGCUGACUUUUUUUCUGAAAAAUAAUGCUUAUAAUUUUUUAACACGGAGUGGAUCAGGAUCCCGGAGUGUGUGGAUUAUUAUUUCUGACGGAGCGCAAGGAGAGCAGCCACGGAUGUAUUUUUUAAAACGCGUAAUUUAUUGACAGCGGAGGGGUAAAGGAAUCGACUUCUUUGGAUUUUUUAAAAAAAGAUCCCUUUCUUUUAAGCGAAGGCAUUGAGAUUUUUUCCUCCCUCCAUUUCCCUGCCUAUCAGCCCCCCCCUUUCCCCCCACCCCCCGACCGACGGUAACGGCGGCGGCGGCGGUGGAGGCGAUCGUGGAGGAAAAAUCGUAGCAAGAGGCGGUGAAUGUGGCCACCGUCUUCCCCCGUUGCCCCACCAAUUCCUCUUCCCGCUAAAGGGUUUUACUUUUUACCCCCUCUCUCCCACCCCCACCCCCCGUUUUCCUCCUCCUUUGAUGGUCAUCUGAAGAAACCGGAGCAAAUCCACCACCCCCCAACCUCCCUUACUCCUGCGGAGGAUAUUAACGGAGCCGGGGGGGAAAGGCGAGAGGCAGAUUGGGAGAGAGAGAGAGUGCGUGUGUAUGUUGUGGAGCUGGGUGUUAGGCCCCUGUGUGACAGCAAUCCAGAAGGUGCCAACAAACCCAUUUCCACAUCCUCCACCUCCACCACCUCCUCUUCCUUCAACCAGGCAUGGCUUCGAGAAUCAAAGAACUUGUCAGCAGGAACAAGAGAAGAUACCAGGAAGACGGAUUCGACUUGGACUUGACAUAUAUUUAUCCAAACAUCAUCGCGAUGGGAUUUCCAGCUGAGAGACUUGAAGGCGUCUAUAGAAAUAACAUUGAUGAUGUCGUAAAGUUUCUGGAUGCGAAGCAUAAAAACCAUUACAAAAUAUACAAUCUAUGUGCGGAGAGACAUUAUGAUGCUAACAAAUUUAAUUGCAGAGUCGCACAAUAUCCUUUUGAAGACCAUAAUCCACCACAGCUAGAACUCAUUAAGCCAUUUUGUGAAGAUCUAGACCUCUGGUUGAGUGAAGAUGAUAAUAAUGUUGCAGCAAUUCAUUGCAAAGCUGGAAAGGGACGGACAGGAGUAAUGAUCUGUGCUUAUUUGCUUCAUCGUGGCAAAUUUUUAAAAGCACAAGAAGCCCUAGAAUUCUAUGGUCAAGCAAGGACUAUAGAUAAGAAGGGUGUAACAAUUCCUAGCCAGAGGCGCUAUGUAUAUUAUUACAGCUACCUUUUGAAGCACAGAUUGGAUUACAAGCCAGUGGCAUUGCUGUUUCACAAGAUGCAAUUUGAAACUGUUCCGAUGUUCAGUGGCGGAACAUGCAACCCUAUGUUUGUGGUUUCGCAGCUGAAAGUGAAGAUCUUCACUUCCUCUUUGGGACCGACCAGGCGUGAAGACAAGUACAUGUAUUUUGAUUUUCCUCAACCUCUACCGGUGUGUGGAGAUAUUAAAGUGGAAUUCUUCCACAAACAGAACAAGAUGAUGAAAAAGGAUAAAAUGUUCCAUUUCUGGAUAAAUACAUUCUUCAUCCCACAACCAAAUGAGAACUUAGAUAAAGUAGAAAAUGGCAGCAUAGUUACAGACAAGGACGAUGAUGGUUGGCGUACAGAUAAUGACAAAGAAUAUCUGGCCCUUACAUUGACUAAAAAUGAACUUGACAAGGCAAAUAAAGACAAGGCCAACAGAUACUUCUCACCAAAUUUCAAGGUGAAGCUGUUAUUCACAAAAACGGUAGAAGAACGACAACAACAACAUCCCAUGGGCAAUAGUUCAACCACAGUAACACCAGAUGUUAGUGAUAAUGAACCAGAGGACUAUAGAUACUCGGACACCACUGACUCUGACCCAGAGAAUGAACCUUUUGAUGAAGAUCAGCAUACACAGAUAACAAAAGUCUGAAAUAUUUUUAUGGGAAAUUAUAACUGCGAGAAAAAGGAAACAAACUUGAAUAAACUGAAAGCAAGUACCUUUUUUAAUGGCAAUAGGACAAUGUGUCAAGUAAAAUGCUACACCAAUUAUAGGAACAAUGAUCUUUUCCUUACCAAUGUUGUUUAGCCCCAUACAUGCAUCUGCAAGGUUUUGACACAAGGUUGUCCAAUGAAAAGCGAUUGCGUAGAUAUGUUAUGUGUAUACAUUUUUGUGUGUCAAAAUGGCGCAUAAAAACGCAAUCAGGAAAAAGAGGCACUUUCCCAUGUAAUUCCAGUUUUAUAAAAAGUGGAGACAGAUCUGGUGUGUACGUAGGAAAUUUUUUCCUUUUGUGUUAUGUUGCCAACAGUAGGUGCUAACUUACCUGUAAAAAGAGUUUGUGUCCUGCCCCUUUAAAUCCAUUUAACAACAGAUCAAUCUGUUAUCAGCUAGGACAAUUUGUGAAAAGGUUUGCAUAAAAUGCACGUCUUGGAAAAGGGAUUAGAAAGGAUGCACAGAAAGGAAAAAAAAAAUCCAUAGUCUGGUUCCAGUACCACCGACAGCUUAUUGCACUGUUUUAUAAGGUAUUAAGCCUAAGAAAUUGUGCAGUCUGCUGCUACUGCUGCUUGCUUUUUGUGCUUUCAAAGCACACUGGUGCUAGAAAAGGCAGCUGGAUUGAGGAAUUCUUUCUGGGAGGAGGCUUGAACCUUGGACAAAAGAGAACCAACUUACUGGCCCACAGAUGUACAGAAUGUGGAGCCCAUGUAGGGAAAAUUUUCAAGUUUUUUUCCUUCCUUUCUUUGGGGAUGUCACAAGCUGGAGUCCCUUAAUAAUAAUGGCUUAAUCUUAUAAAUGUGGCAGCAUGCCCAUUCAAAGUUAUGACAGUUAAUGUAAAAAGAGAAUUUUACAAUGAUUUAAUAAGUUAGCUAGAAUUAUUUUAAUUGGUGCUGCUCCACUAUGUCCUGUGUCACCAAGGCCAGUGCUUGAAGUUGAUCACUUUUUUGUUAGUACUGUUUUGGACUUUAAGUCAGUACCUCCAUAAAUUACCUUCAUUACAUUUCUGUAGUACAAGCUGUUUUAUUUCUGUUGGCAAGAUGCCUUCUUUCUCCAGAUCUGGUAUGGGCAUAUGAUACGUAGUAAGGGAAAAUUUGGAUUGGGAGUAUGCAAAUGUUUAGAUGAAGUGUGUCACUCAUGUGUGUUGUGUGCAAGUAAUUGGGAAACUGUUGCAACUGAUGUUUCAACAGAAUAAACAGGUUUCAACAAAAGAUCAUAGUGUGCACAGGAUUUAAAAUGAGGUUUAUAUUCAUAUCAAGGAAGCUGUGUAUACGUUACUUAUCUGUAACAGCAAGAAAAGAAGUCUGUUAUGCUCUGUUGGUUAAUGUGUUAAACCGGUAGUUGUCGUCAUUUCCUGUAAUUGUAGAAAAAUAGAACUGCAUACUCCCACAAGGCCCAGCCAAAUGGAGUCUCUCAGAUUUGGUAAAAGUCUGUUAUGCAAAUCCCUUUGUGCCCUGUUUCAAGAAGGAAAUGUAGACUGUUAUGGAUGGGGAAAACUGUAUUUUGCUGAAGCAUUAUUGCAUUAAAAUAUAUCUACUAUUUUCUUUACUUCAGCACAAAACAUAAUAUGCUUGGCCAUUUGGUGAUGGACAACUACAAUUACAAACAUUGCAUCCAGCUUGAGCUGGAAGUAACUUCCCAAAACAUUUAGUGUUGGUUAGUGUCUAGAUGUUUCAGUUCUGGUGUCUGUUCUUGCUAUAAACCACAAAUCUUUUAAAUCUUUCUUUGUAGUGGUGCUUUAAAACUGUCCAAAAGCUAAUGUGAAGAGCAUGAGUUGUGCAGUGAAAGAGAAAUGGACAAAUGUAGCUCAAGAUGGAGGGAGUAUAGGUUUAUAGAUCAAAUUACAAGCUUCUGUUGACAGUUUUCUUUUACUGAUGGCACGUUCCUUUUAAUUUUUUUUAUUGAUUUCCCCUUCCCUUUCAAAAACCCUUUAUUUCUGUUGCUCACAACUGAACAUUUGAGACAUGCCACUUUUGAAGAGUUUUAUCAUCUUUCAUAAAGACGUUUACCACUAUAUCUUUUUAUAUUGAUAAUAAAAGGAAAUUUUGACAACCAGGAGCAGGCAAUAAAAGCUAGUUUGUAAAAGGUGCACAAAAACAAGUGAAGGAAAACUUUCCUGCCUUACAUGCCUUGGAAAUACUUAGCUUGGCUUCAGGCAAAGUAUUUAUACAGCUUUAUUUUCCCUUUAACAUUAAGCGGGGGACAAAGAGAUGGCCCUUUCAUCUUCAGAACACUGAAAAUAAAAUUCUCAGUGUCACUUCGAACGCUAAGGAGCCAGGGUAAGAGCAGCUGCAUAUUGUACCAGGCUUUUGCACUGUAAGAGUUUUUCAUUUUCUGUUGAAAGUCAAGGGUAUAUUGGGGUCCACAAACAACUUUUCCAAACCUUCUGAAGGCCUUGCAUGCUGAAGGUGGGAAAGGUGGUAAUAGUAUGUUUUCAUAUUCUUGUAUUGAUACCAUCCCUGUAGAGCCAGACAUGCAUUACUUUGACUGACAAAGUUGUCCAGUCUCUUUUUUUUAUUUAUGACAGUAUUCAUGAUUAGUCUGGUAAAUACAUUCUGUAGGUUAUCUCUCUUGAGUUUCCAGACUAUACGCUUAAUAAAAAAUUCUUUGGAUGUGCAGCAGCUUAAUGUCUGAAAUUGUUUGUUGACGGCAUCACUGUAAAGGAAUUUACUUGGCCAUCCUUAGUCGUCUGUAGCCCCACUGAAUUAUAUUUGCCACAGUAAAUCACAAAGGGCAGUUGCAUGGGUGGCCUCAGGGGUCCUGCACUGUGGCACAAGAUAUGGGCUGAGUGGAUUUCACAGGCAGCAUCAAAUAUCCAAGUUUCAGCUUUAAACUAUUCAUAAGGGCCAGUGUGAGAGUCCAUGUCAUUAGUAAUACCAGAUUUGUGCAAUAUGUUUAAGAAAGCCUGUGGUUGCCACAAAGUGCCUCUUGUUUACUUAAAAUACUGUUCAAAAUUCUGUCAUCAUGCAUGCAGAUGGAAAAGGUGGAACUGUGCACUAUAAAGGGGCUUCACUGCAGUGUAGGACAAAGCUGCCUGCUGCUCUGCCUGUUCAGAUUUGGAUUUCGUUUCAUAUAGAAUAUGUAUACAAAGAUAUAUUUUCAGCCUGUAAAACAGCCUUUUCCAUUUCAGCCUGUUAAAGAUACUAUUGUGCUGUGCAGCUAUUUGCUCUGUGUGUAAUGCUAUGCACUGAGAAUACACAAGAAGUAAACCAACAAAUGUAAAUUGUACAGAUUAUUGAUGCUCAUAAAAUCCAAUGUCCAUUUGUUAUUGUAUGUGUUGUUUGUUAACUACCCUUUAUCUUACUGUUAUAAACUCCACUUUAAACUGAUUAAAGA